CCCAGCCCUGGCGGGCGAGAGCAGCGGCGAGCGCGAGCCGGAGCCGGAGUCCGGGCCUCGGAGCGGGGAGGCGGAGGGCCAGAGAAGGCUGUGGACCGAAGCGCGUACCGCGCUCGGACCCCCGCCGUGUCCGUGUCCUCCAGACAGAUUCCACAUAAAUGUUGAAAAUAUUUCCUGUGAAGUAUAAGAAUCUCUGAUUGUGGAAGUGCCUCCAAGCACCAUUAACCAUCAAGUGAGGCAAAGUAUGAAAGAACCAUCUGGUUGAGUUUACAAUUAGAAGACGACCACAUCCACCAGAAGACCCAGGAUGGAUCUGCACCAAAGCAGCACCAUCACUUUCCUUGAGAAAUGGUGUUCAGAUAAGUCACCAUCUGGCUGCAGAAGACAUUAUAAUGUCAGGAAAAAACUGAAGUUAAUUAGAAUCUUAGGCCUUUUCAUGGGCCUGGUAGCCAUUAGCACUGUCCCAUUUUCAAUCAGUGCCUUUUCUGAGACAGAGACAUUGAGCGCAGGAGAGGCCAGUGGUGCAAGUGGCCCUAGGGUAGCACAUGGUUACCUUCAGAGAACUCUCUUAGAUUUAAAUGACAAGGUUUGGGAUUAUACUCCACAGCCACCUCUUCCUCAGGAAGGCAAAUCUGAGAAUAGUACAGAUCAUCGUGCCCAGGGAGACUAUCCAAAAGACAUCUUUUCCCUGGAGGAUCGAAGAAAAGGCGCCAUCAUUCUCCAUGUCAUUGGAAUGAUCUACAUGUUCAUAGCCUUAGCCAUUGUCUGUGAUGAGUUCUUUGUUCCUUCUUUGACUGUCAUCACUGAAAAACUGGGUAUUUCCGAUGAUGUGGCUGGAGCUACCUUUAUGGCUGCCGGGGGCUCGGCCCCAGAACUUUUCACAUCUCUCAUAGGGGUAUUUAUUGCUCACAGCAACGUUGGCAUAGGCACUAUUGUGGGCUCAGCAGUGUUCAAUAUCCUUUUUGUUAUUGGCAUGUGUGCUCUGUUUUCUAGAGAAAUCUUGAACCUGACAUGGUGGCCUCUCUUUCGGGAUGUGUCCUUCUACAUUGUUGACUUGAUCAUGCUGAUUAUAUUUUUCCUGGAUAAUGUCAUCAUGUGGUGGGAAAGCUUGCUUCUCUUAACAGCUUAUUUUGCCUAUGUGGUAUUCAUGAAAUUCAACGUCCAAGUAGAAAGAUGGGUGAAGCAAAUGAUAAAUCGCAAUAAAGUCGUCAAGGUGACAGCACCAGAAGCCCAAGCAAAGGCUAAGCCACGUCUCCAACGAGGUGGAAGCUCUGCAUCCCUCCACAACAGUCUCAUGAGGAACAGCAUCUUCCAGCUCAUGAUACACACCCUUGACCCACUUGCUGAAGAACUUGGAUCAUAUGGAAAACUAAAAUAUUAUGACACAAUGACUGAAGAAGGGAGGUUCAGAGAAAAGGCUUCAAUUCUCCACAAGAUUGCCAAGAAGAAAUGCCAGAUGGAUGAGAAUGAGAGGCAGAAUGGGGCUGCCAAUCACGUAGAAAAAAUCGAGCUUCCAAACAGCACUAGCACGGAAGUCGAAAUGACACCAUCCAGCAAUGCUUCAGAACCUGUUCAAAACGGAAAUCUCUCCCACAGCAUUGAAGCUGCAGAAUCCCAGCAGACCACAGAAAUGGGUGAGGAUGAAGAGAGUCAGCCUCUCAGCUUGGCCUGGCCUUCCAACCCCCGAAAGCAAGUCACAUUCCUAAUUGUCCUCCCCAUAGUGCUUCCUCUCUGGGUUACCUUACCUGAUGUUCGCAAACCUUCAUCAAAGAAGUUUUUUCCCAUCACGUUCUUUGGCUCCAUCGCCUGGAUCGCAAUAUUCUCGUACUUGAUGGUCUGGUGGGCACACCAGGUUGGAGAGACAAUUGGCAUUAGUGAGGAAAUUAUGGGUUUGACCAUCCUGGCUGCUGGGACCUCCAUCCCUGAUCUUAUCACCAGUGUCAUAGUGGCCCGGAAGGGCCUUGGGGACAUGGCUGUAUCCAGCUCUGUUGGAAGCAACAUUUUUGACAUCACCGUAGGGCUCCCACUGCCCUGGCUCCUGUACACCAUCAUUCACAGAUUCCAACCAGUGGCCGUCAGCAGCAAUGGCCUCUUCUGUGCCAUUGUCCUCCUCUUCAUCAUGCUGCUCUUUGUCAUCCUCUCCAUCGCCCUCUGCAAGUGGCGGAUGAACAAAGUGCUGGGCUUCAUCAUGUUCGGCCUCUACGUUGUGUUCCUGGUGGUCAGCGUCCUCCUUGAAGACAGAAUUCUUGUAUGCCCAGUCUCCAUCUAGCAGGAAAAGCCAUAUCUUAAACCGACAGCCUGGAUGGUCCCUCCCCGUUCUGGGUUCUAGGUUCCUUGACCUCUAGAGAAGAGGCAGUGUCCCUCCUUGGUGGACGUGAGGAAGGAUGGACUCGCACUGGACCGGCUCGCUUCACAGACUGCUUUCACCCUUGCCUACUGAACCGGCUUCAUGCAAGAGACAAAGAGAACUGUCCAUUUGAGGCUUCUCUCCACUCACCACUGACAGGUACUCCUCGCUGGUCGGAGGUACAUUCGUUGUAAUGAUGCAAACAAUGAUGGAGGCUGUGUAUAUACAUAUAAAAUAUACAUUUUAUACAUAGAUGCACAUGAACACACUCUGCCUGUUCCUGUAGUGUACCUCUCCUUCCAAGCCUAGAGAAUAAUGCAUACCUGUAU